CCAACCGCUCUCCUCCAAUCCGCUGCAUCAGAGGAAGAAGGCUUGUUUUUGAAAUUAUUGGCGCUUGUUGUGCUAGCUAUGGCCGUCUGAAGCUUCGCAAAUGAGUUUGUUUUUCUUCUUCAAAGCGGAGUACUCGUGUCUUUUCUCAAAUCUUUACUCGUGGUAAUGCAGUGAAUAUAUAACCGUUACUGUCAAUACAGCAACACUUGGGUCACUGCAGGAAGAUCACAAUGGCUAGUGAUGUGUGCAGCCACGUAAAGGUGGUCGUCAGAGUGAGACCGUCCACCGAAACCGAGAAGCGAGAAAACUGUCGAAAUGUGGUCCAGGUUGUUGAUAGCAACAUGCUCAUCUUUGACCCAAAGGAAGAGGACAUGUCGUGUUUCGGGUCACAGAGAGUGCGGAACAGAAACAGAAACAUGAACAAGAGGGCUAACAAGGACCUGAAGUUUGUUUUUGACCAAGUCUUUGACCAGGAUUCAACUCAAACUGACAUCUUUGUGAACACGACUAAAGGAGUGUUGGAUGGUGUGAUGAAUGGAUUUAACUGCACAGUUUUCGCGUAUGGUGCCACCGGAGCAGGCAAGACACACACCAUGUUAGGCGCGCAGGAUGACCCCGGGGUCAUGUACCGCACCAUGAAAGAGCUCUUCAAACGCAUGGAUGACGUCAAGGAGGAGAAGGAGUUUGCUGUUGCCUUCUCAUAUCUUGAGGUAUACAAUGAGCAGAUCAGGGAUUUGUUGGCUAAUGUGGGUCCUCUUGCUGUCAGAGAGGACAGCUCUAAAGGAGUUGUUGUUCAGGGCCUGACCCUGCAUCAGCCAAAAUCUGCAGAGCACAUCCUCGAGGCCUUGGAUUCUGGGAAUCGCAACAGGACACAGCAUCCCACCGAUAUGAAUGCCACCUCUUCUCGGUCCCAUGCUGUAUUUCAGAUAUAUUUAAGACAACAGGACAAAACAGCCAGCCUCAACCCCAAUGUCUGUGUUGCCAAAAUGAGCCUGAUUGAUCUCGCCGGUUCAGAGAGAGCGAGCGCCACUAACGCCAAGGGGGCACGUUUACGGGAAGGUGCUAACAUCAAUCGCUCACUUCUUGCCCUGGGGAAUGUUAUUAAUGCACUUGCUGACCCAAAGAGUAAGAAAACUCACAUCCCGUACAGAGACAGCAAGCUGACGAGACUACUCAAAGACUCUUUGGGAGGCAACUGCAGGACUGUUAUGAUUGCCAAUGUGAGCCCUUCUUCAAAGUCAUACGACGACACCUGCAACACACUCAAGUAUGCCAACAGGGCCAAGGAGAUUAAGUCCUCGCUGAAGAGCAAUGUUGUAAGCCUUGACAGUCACAUCGGACAGUAUGCAGUGAUAUGUGAGAAGCAACGGCAAGAGAUUCUCCAGUUGAAGCAGAAACUAAAAGAAUACGAGGAGAAAAGCUCAAUCCCCGGAGCCUCAAACAUUAUCCCAUCCCAGAAACAAGCAGAGUUAAAAAGGGUGUCAGAAGCUCUGCAGCGAAUCUUCACGAGCCGGGCCCAGAUCAGGAGAGAACAGCUGGAUCUGGAGAGACAACUGAAGGAGAAUGAGCUGCGCCAGCGCUACAGUGAGGAAGACAACCUGCAGGUCCAAUACUUCUGUGCCAAGGAAAAGACUGAGAAGGCCACUUGUAAGCACGAGCGGAAGAUUGCCAGUUUACGCACUCAGCAGCGGCACAUUUGCAAACGUCUGAAGGAGGCAGAAACACAAUUCUUGGACAACGACGGCUGGCUUCAUCGAGUCGAGAACGAGAUCAAACUCUUGAAGUCAAAUGAUCAGACUUCAGAAGUGUUAGAGAGGGAUCUACGUUGCCACAGAUUGGAGCUGCAGGUGAAUGAUCUCAAACAACACAUCAAGCAGAUGGUCCAGCUCACUGCACUGCAGGAUCAGGAGAACAAGCGCAUGCAGAAAAUGGUGAACAUCAUGUUGCCAGCUUUUAGUCGGUCCUUCUCAACGCUGUCUGGGGCAGGGCUGGCCACAGCAGUAGAUGAGAUGGAGAACCAUGCGCUAGAGCACCUUGUGUUGAGGGAAAGGGGUGUGGUCUGGGCUGACCAGGAAGGGGUGGAUCAGCAGCUGAAAGGUGAUGGGAUAGGAGAGGAAUCACAGGAGACAAAUGAGGUGGGAAGUUUUGGGCAACGCAGUGAUUUGGCACCUGUCCUGUGUUUCUCACACCUGCUGUACCACCAGAGCAGCCCCUGCAGUGCAGAAAACCGCACUAAAAGAACAUCGUUGUGCCACGCUGCUCCAUCGCCAAAAGACAGGAGAACCCAGACAGAUACAAAACAGGAACCACUUCCCAGAAUGCCUAUCAGGAGGAAUUUGUGUGCAUCACUUCCACCAGAGAGCCCUCAGGUCGCUGCCAAGACCCAAAAGUUUGAGGAGGGUCUAUUCCCACUACAGUGCACACCAGAACCUGCAAAACAAACUCUAAACGUCGCGCCAAUGUGCUCCUCCAGCGCCAUGGAUCCCAACAUGACCUUUGAAGUCUUCGACAAUGACGCUCAAACUGCGAGUAACGCAACCAUCAUCAUAAAUGAUGGAAGUCCCUGUCAGUCAUCCAAGUCCACCACAGACCUCCCAGGGUCCAGUCAACUGUUCCUUCCUCCCAAGAACAAUGAGGGGAGCCAGGUCGCAGUGAAAAAACAACAGAUGCUGUCUCUACAAGACGUGAGACGAGCCAACCCGACGUACAUGAGCAUGACGUCCGCUGCACAAGGAAAACGGAAGUUGAACGGUAUUCGAGAAGAGUUAUCACAGACUCUCUGUGCCCCGAAACGUAUAAAGAAAGACCCAUCAGUGACCCGGAAACCACUCAGAGUGAAUCGCCUGGCUGGUACAGAGGAGAACAAGCCUCGAAGGGUUGUGAGGAGCGUCUCUGAGGGAAAUCUCAGCCUCCUUGAACCCCCGAAAUCCAAAUCCAUUUUUUAUAAAACAACUCAACAGCUCAAAAGAGUGGCCAAACGGAUGUAAGGCAACAUUAUGUCCUUAUCUCUUUCCUUCCACGUCAUUAUUCAUCUCAGACGCAGUUUUUUUUUAUCAAAUCUUUAAAACCAGCUCCAUUAUUGCUUUAACCCAUGUGUCAUUUUUCAUGUGAUCCAAGUGUUCCGAGUUGCAUCAUUUCGUAAGGGAUAGCAUUUGGCCUUACACUGCACUGAAGCUUUACUUGAUUGUAUAUAAACCUUGUAUAGUUUUAUCAUAUUUUAAUUAUUCGUUCACACACUAACAGCCAGAAAUAAAAGAUGUCAUCUGGAUAUUCUGUCUUUACCUAUUCUGUCAAAUAGUCUGCCUGGUAGGUAACUGCACUUCUUCAGGGCAGCUAAUUUUAACAGAUCAGAAGUCAACUAUAGGUUUGACCUUUAAUGGUGGUAUGGCUGGGUUGUUUGUGGAUUUGUAUUUGAUUUGAUUGAUCCUUUUGUACAGUUGAUAACAUGGGAGUUAUAGAUAUUUCAUAAUAAAAUGUCUUGUAGCAGAAUCUGUGGCUGUCAUUCGAUGAAUAAAUCCAUUACUAAAAUGUGA